AUGGAUGUAUAAUCUCCAGAACAAGUGAAUAAAUCCCGAUCAAAUUCAAAAUCAAAAAUCAAUUCUUAAGGAUCAUCUUAAAACUUGAAUUCUCCAAAGGAAAUAAAAUCAAUUGAAAAUUUAAGCAAAGAGAACUCAUAAAUUCAUUCUCUUGAGAAAGGCCAUUAAGAUGUUGAAUAAAAUGAAGAACCAAAUGAACAUUAAGAGAUAUAAUAGGAACAAGAUAUAGUACCUUAAUAAAUUGGAGAAGUAAAUCAAGAAUAACAGCAAGAUUCUAAUUAAAAAAGUAUAGCAAAAAAGAAAAGAUAAAAAAUAUCAAUUUUAAGUAAUAAUCAUCGAGGUUUUAAAGGAAAGGAUUAAAAAGUUAGUUAGACUUCUUUUACUUCUUUUUCUCCUGAUUCAACUCCAGACCCAAUUUCAAAUAAUCGAUAGAGUAAAUUUUAAAUAACGACUCAAAGGCAAUUAGAAUUAGAGGAAUUGGAGAAAAAGGAUGAAGCUUUAAGAGUAAAAUUAGUAGAAUGGUUGAAAACUGAGUUUAUGUUUAAGUAAAUACAUCCAUUUGAUCUAUUCACUGCAUUUGAUGAUCCUAAUACAGAGUUUCUAUUGCGUUAAAGUGAGUUAGAAUAGGCAUUUAAAUAUGUAAAUAUUGAUAUUGGUGAAGAUAAUUAUAGAAUAAUAAACAAAUAUUAUAAAGUUAAAGAUGCAGUAAGUACUUUCAAAUUAUGUUAUGAUAUUGUAGAUGAUUAACCAGAAUUAAUGUUAAUGGCAUUAAAUCAUAUAAUCAUAAAAUAUCGUUUAUUAAUUGAAAUCUUUUUUGAUGAAAUCACAUAAUCUGAAAAGUUAUUUACAGCUGAUUCCUUAAAAUUAUUAAAUAAAGAAUGGGAAUGGGGAUUUGAAGAAAAGUAAAUGUCUAUUGUUCAUAAUUUGAUGACUGAUUAUGGAAAUACAUCUAUGUCAUUUUAAUUAUUUAAAUAGAAGCUUUAAUAAUGUCCUUAAGCAGUUGAUUCAAAAUUAAAUUUAGAAAUGUAUUAAUCUUUAGUCAAUUUAAUAAUUCUGGAUGAUUCUGUAAUGACAUUUAGUUUAUUGUUAUAAGAUUAAGAUCAAGCAUCAUCUGGAGAAGUUGCUUUAUACAUAUUCACUGAUAUUUUAUCUAUGUAUAUAGACAGAGCUCUAUCUAAGAUUGAGAUGAAUGCUAUAAGGAUAUUUCUUUAAGUUGAAAAAGAUGAGGAGGUUGUGGCUUACAAUAAAUUGUUAACAGAUGCUCUUAAAAUUAUAGAAGAUUAAAAAACUUUAAGAUAAUAAUAAUCUGUCAAAAUAUAGAAAUUUUAACUAUAAUUAAUGUUAUUAUAUUUUAAUUCUAUUGAUAAUUUAUCCUAAAUACAAGAGUAAUAUUUUAAAGAAAAGAAAAAAUUAAGUAAGGAUCAUUUUAUUAAAUCAACAAUUUAAUUAACAAAUGGUAAGAUAGAUAAAGAGAGUGCAAAUGCCAUUUUUUAAAUGAUUUUAGAGAGUAAACUUGAUUAGUAAAAUUUUAGCAUAACUGAUCUUGAAUUUGAUUAAUUUAUAAAAAAGAAAAAACAAGAGUUAUCAAUAUAAGACAAAAAUGAUUAAAUUAAUUCUCCUUUGAAUUAAGAGUAAUUUAGAGAAUUAUAUGAAUUGUAAAAGAAUUUAAAUAAAAAAUAAUUGAAUCGUUUGUCAGUUUAGAUUUUAUAGAGUCCUAAGUCAUCUGAUGUAUCAAAUUAAAAUUCACCAGAAAAAUUAGAUUCUAAGUAAAUUUAAGGAUAAUUAAGUAAAUAAUCAGAAAAAAAGGAAGGUUUAUAAGAUUAAUUAAUAAAAUAGGAAGAAAAAGCACAAAUAUCUACUUAAUAAUUAAAGAUGGAUAUACAUUAAUAUUUUGAAGAUUUAGACACAAUUUAAUUGAAAUUUUUAACUUAAUAAUAAAUGUUCUUUGGACUUUUAAAAUUAGGAAUUUUGAUUAAAGGUUAAACUUUAAUGCAAUAAAAAUCUUAUGAUUUAGGAGGAUUUGAGAAAUUUGUAUUAUUGUAAUUAAAAACAUUUUAUAAUUCUAAAAAAUUAAUAUAUUUAUUAAAAUAGGAAUUUGAUUAAUAUAAGGAAUCCGAGACUGAUGUUGUUAAUAUGUAAUAAUUAAAGUAAUAAAAAAAUGAUUAAAAUUAGGUAAUUAUUUGAGAAAGUAAAUUUGAAUGUGAAAUUUGAAGAUGUGAUUUUCAUUUAUUAAACAUUAGAUACAGAGAGAAGUGGUUAUAUUAAGUUAGAGGAUUUUUUUUAUUUGAUUCAUUAACAUCCAUUAAUUGAAUAUAGAUUGAAUGAGUUGCUAUUUCGAGUAAUUGCUAAAUCAAAUAUUAGAUGAAAGGUUAUUAUGAGAAUUCACUUAGAGCACAAAGAAUCUUUUAUUCAAAAAUGCCGUUUAAUUAUAUUAGACCUUUUUCAAUCAAAGCAAAUCCACCUAGUUAUUCUUUUCGAUUUAAACCUGAUGUAUUGGGGAAAUUUGAAAUUGAAUAAAAGGGCAAGGCAUGGAAUGUCUAUAAAAUAAAGAUUUUAUCUGCAGAAGGAAUACCAUCACCAGAAGAUAAGAAAAAUUGUUUCAAAAGAGAAGUUGUUGUUGGGAUUUAUGAUAAAUUUUAUAAAGAAUUUUUAGAGAAUACAGUAAUAGUGAAAGCUAAGUAUUUAGAAGAAAAUGAAGAUAUUUGGGAAUUUCCAUCUAAAAAUAGGAGUAAUGGUUUUUUUUUGAAUUGUGAGAAAAAAUAUAAUGAUUUGCAUUUAGUUUUGCUAUUUGAAUUGAUUAGUUAUUUUUUAGAGAAUGGUGUAGUAUAAAGAGUGAGUUGUGGAUUUGUUGAGAUACCCUUCUCUCAUAUUAUUUAAUAAGGAACCUUUGAUCUUCCAUUAAAAGGUGGGAUCAUAGAAUAAGAGAUAGCAAUAAAUAAAGGUGAUGUAAGAUGCAAAAGAGGAGGAUUCGCUAAUUUGGCUGCAAAAUUAAAGGGAGAAAUCUUACCUCAUUUAACUAUUAGUUCUGCCAAAAGAUCUCGUAGACCUGCUUUACUGAUAGAAUUAGAAACCAUGCCUCCAUUAUGUUUAUGUCAUAGAAAUAUGACUUAAAUAAUAUAUGCAUAUAAGAGAUUUGCUAGAGACAUUUUAGAAGAAGAAGGAGAGGUUUACAUAUAGUCAUUGAAUAUGUUUCUAUUUUCUUUGGAUUGUCCUUAUAUUAAUAAUAGGAUAUGCAAAUUAUGGAUUAAUACAAUAAAAGGAAAGAUGAUUGGUAAAGAAAAGGUUGUAUUUUCUAUUCUGAUUGGGUAACUACAAAAAUUAAUGAAGAUGAAGGCUUUCAAUUUCAAUCCUUACUCUCCUUAAGAAAUCUUUCCUCCAGAAGUUGGGAAAUUGAAAAAGGAAGUAGUUAAGUCAGUAUUACUGAAUACAGAAUUCUUAAUUGAUUCAUCUUUUGAAAACAAAUUAAAUUUAUAAGGGGAUAAGAUAUUAGAAGAGUAGAUUUAAAAGUAUGGAGAAAUGUAGGAAUAAGGAAUAUUUGAUAAUGAAUAGAAUCCUUUUGAUCCUUAUAAAAAUGGAUUAAACUUGAAAGGAUAUGAACCUUACGUAGAAUAAAUCAUAUGA